AUGGAUAAAGAGGAGAACGAGACCAAAGUUCACAACGUCGUGACGGACAAAGAGUGCUAUGUGCCCUUGACGAUACACGAGUUCACAAAACUCAAGAACAACAUCAACAGCACGAUCGACAAACUUAGAAAGGCAGGAGCCCUCACGAGAAGGGAGGCGCUAUCUGCAAAGGCCCCUGAUACUGCGUUGGCACGUUUCUACGGCGUACCAAAGGUGCACAAGCCAGGGGUGCCCAUACGUCCCAUUGUAUCUUUAAGAGGCAUUCCAACCUUUGGAUUGUAA